AUGCCGGCUUUUAAGCACCAGACAAUCGUGGAUUUUGUAACACUUGAGGAUGCCUCAAUCACGCAGCAAAAGCUAUUAUCAAUACAUCAUGAUCGUGGGUUCUGUGAGCAAAUUCACGUUCAAAUCUUAGAAACGUAUUUGACCGAGCAGGUGCAAAAUUCGUUUGUAGACAUUGACGCUAAUUUAGCGCUACUCAAGUUGUAUCAGUUGUAUCCAUCGACAAUUAAAGCCGAGAAUGUGGUUAACGUUCUAGUUAAGGGUAUCAUGACGCUUCCAUCUACAUUCUUUACUGGUGCCACUACGAUGAUCCCUGAGAGCACAAGCGAGGAUGUUAAUGUAACGGCGGCGCUGCACACGGGUUUCAUGCUCCAGUCGUGUCUGUUUGAGGAUUUCUGGAAACAGGAUGUGACGUUUGCGGACAACGUGCAGGGCUUUUUGGAAUCGGUCCGCGCUUAUAUUUUGAAAGCUAUACGCUGUAGCCACAGUGUAAUCUCUACUGAUGUCUUUAAAGCCAAGCUUAAUGUAUCGGACGAGGAAGUAGCGGAGAUUGUUGCCGCCGAGAAGUGGACAAUUUUGAAUAAUUUGAUUCAGAUUAAUCCUAACAAGGACAAUCAGAUGCAGGCCAAGAAGGUUCAGGAGAACAUCGAGUUUGAGGACGUGCUCAAGGUCAUUCACACCCUUUCUAGAUAG